AUGAAGAAGCAAGUUAAAUAACAAGCGACUCUGUAAAGACCUAAACCCAUGACUGUCUAACCUACAUAUGCAAGGCCAACAGCAAAUACAAUUAUCAAAGACAGAGAAAUAACUAGAGUUGUUGAUGAAAACGAGAGGAAAAUGUUAACUAAAGAAGCAAUUCAAGAACAUGUUGAAAAAGUCAGAAAUGAUAAGAAAGAUGAUAACAUCAUUGAAUAUCUUAUACUGAAACGAAAAAAAUAAAUAGAAGAGGAGAUUAAAAAGCAAGAGGAAGAAUUACUCAAAAAACAAAUGAAAUUUAAUAAGAAACUUGUUAAUCUAGAUUAAUCAGUCUCUUAAACAGGACAAGAUGUUAAAGAAAUUCAAAUUAAUUGUUAUCAUAGCAGUACUAGUAAAAAAGCAAAAGAACAACAAGGUUAAUUGCUUGAGACUAAAGGUGUAAUUGAUUUCUUACAUGAGGCAUGUGCUUCAUUAUUCAAGAAAGAUCCAAUAAAGAAGGAUAUCUAAGAUUUGAAGCUUGAACCAAAAGAAUCUUAAUAAAAUAAUGGCUUUUAAGUUAGCAAUCAAAAUGUUCAAUAUACAGCUGUCAUCUAAUAACUCUUUUAAAGAUGCGACGAAGUUUAAAAAAAGUCAUUGAAACUUCUACUAACUUAAUUUAUAGAUGUUCAGUCGCAAUUAAUCCUAGAAUAAGUUCAGAGCAAUUUUAUAGAUUUUAAACGAUUCUUCCAAAUAUUCCUAAGACCCAUUCAAGUCUUAAAGCCGACUUCAAAAACAUAUCAAUAUAUUUUAGAAUUGAUAAGGUUUAUUGGAUCAAAAUUAGUGGAGAUAGAUCCUAAUGAUACAUAAAUGAUGUUUGAAAGCAUCUUAUUAGAUUAGCUACUUCAAAUUGCAUUACGAAACCCAAAGAAGAGGGAAGACAUCGUUUAACUCUUCUUUGUUUUCACACCCAUUAAUUGUGUUAAUAGAACUUAACUAUUGAAAAGCAUUAAGAGUAAAUUAUCUACUGAUCUUAAUGCAUUCACUCUCAUUUUAAGCAUCUUAAUACAAUCUGAUUAUCCCAGUCAAGAUGAAGAAUUGUAUAGGUUUUUUCUCAAUUAUGCAUUUAAUUCAUUAGAUUCACCGUCUCCUCUUACAAGAGCUAAUGGUCUAAGAAUUAUCAAUUAAAUUUCUAGUUGGGAUUACCUUCCAGUCUUAUAAAAGAUCAACCGAAUUCAAAAAUUAAUGAAUGAUUCCUGGUGGGAAGUUAGAGCUUAAGGCAUGAGUAUAUGUGCCGAUCUAUUAUUGCAAAUUGCUUAAAAUUAAAAUUAAAGCAUGGAUGAAUAAGAGUUUACUAUCGACUUUGAGUAAUCAAAGCAAUUAUUAUUGGAUUUAAUUUAUCAAGUGUUUGUUGUUUCGACAACUCCAAAUGUAAUUAGAAUUGGAUUGAUAUACCUUGCUCCUGUUUUGUAAAUGUAUUCAGAACUGUGUCCUAGAUAUUUAGAGAUCCUAUUAUCAGUUGAUUCGGAAAUCAGAAUUUCAGUUUUAAAUACUCAAGAAACACUAAUUCAGUAAGUAGUAAAUGGGUGCAAUUCAUUUCGAUACAAAAUCACUGGAGCUCCGAUAGUCUGGAAUAGUGUUGGCAUUGCCUAAGCUAUGGAUGUAUACGUAAAGGAAAAGGAAUUACAAGUGUUUAAGCAUGAACAUUUAGAAAUCAUUUAUGGAUGUUUACACAAGUAAUUAUUGGAAUCUGAUGGUGAAAUUUGGCUUAAAAUAUUUGAGAAUACCAAAAAACUUUUGUUUCUGGCUUUGUCAAAUGAAGAUUUAUGUUAAAUAGCCUAAGUUAUCUUGCAGAAAUUCUUUAUGUUUUAGACUAUUCAAUAAUAAGUAUUGGACAACUCAAAUGAAAUAUUUUAAAGGAUGCUUUAAUUGAUUUAUCAUCCAGAUGUGCAUUUAAAAUGUAAAGAAAACUUAUUGGAGUUCUUCACAUUUUUACAAUAGCAAGGGUUCUAAAAUUAUUGUUAUAAUAUAAUUAAACAAUUUUCUGAGAAGAAUAAGAAUAUGUUCUUAAGUAGUAAUUUGGUCGAAUUCAUGAAUGGAUUAGCUAAAGAAAAAAGAAGGGAAAUUAUGGGUGAUGAAAAUUAUUGA